CCUCCACAGUUAAACUAUUCAAAACAUAAUCAUGGCUUCAACUCUUCAAGCUUUUGCUUUUACAAUGAAGUUCAUGUUCAUUCUGAUGUUCAUGCGAGAGCAAGCAACAGCUGCGGGGAUAUUUCGACCCAGUCAAUGGGCUCUCGCCCAUGCCACCUUUUACGGUGAUGAGACUGCUUCUGCCACUAUGGGAGGAGCAUGCGGGUACGGGAAUUUAUUUCAAAAUGGUUACGGGACAGACACGGCGGCUCUAAGUUCUACGUUGUUCAACAAUGGUUAUGCGUGUGGAACUUGUUAUCAAAUAAAGUGUUACCAAUCAAGUGCGUGUUAUAAGAACGUAGCCUUUACGACGGUGACCGCCACCAAUCUUUGCCCUCCUAACUGGGCGCAACCCUCCGAUAACGGCGGCUGGUGCAACCCACCACGAGUUCAUUUUGACAUGGCCAAACCCGCUUUCAUGAAGAUUGCGCAGUGGAAAGCCGGCAUCGUCCCUGUUAUGUACCGCAGAGUGGCAUGUGUAAGGAAGGGAGGGGUUCGAUUCUCUUUUCAAGGAAACGGAUACUGGCUAUUGGUGUAUGUGAUGAACGUGGGAGGUGGAGGAGAUAUUUCGAGCAUGUCGGUGAGAGGAAGCAGAAGUGGAUGGAUCAGCAUGAGCCAUAACUGGGGUGCUUCAUAUCAAGCAUUUGCAACUCUUGCUGGCCAAGCUCUUUCUUUCAGGAUUACUUCAUACACCACCAAGGAAACUAUAAUUGCAUGGAAUGUUGCUCCUUCAAACUGGAACGUCGGACUCACAUAUUCCACCACUGUUAACUUCCGCUGAACAAUUCCAAUUUGUGUCUGCUGCAAGUGCUUUUUCUACAUACUAGCUAGAGCAGCAGGUGCACAUACAGAUAGAUGUAAAGAAAAUGUCACUUUUUGUUAUAGUUUGACAAACUUAAAGUGAAGUUCAUCAUUAAGUUAGCUGGAAAUUUGCAAUAAAAACUUGAGUCUGAUUUUAUACUGAAAUUUAGUUACCAAUGGCCUCUGAAUAGAAUUGAUGUUUAGCUAACUGAG